AUGCGACUCUUCUUCUGCCGACCUCUUCGUCGGUCCCAAAGCGUCGCGUCUCUUGCCCACCGAUCAACGAACGUCACGCCAUCCUCAAGGGUUACGAUCAGAAGCACCCAAAGCAGUAGCAGCAGCAUUGGAGACGAUGAACCCCAGACAAAGCAGCGACCAGAUGAUCUCUCUCCAGGUUCGACUCGAGACAUGUCGUUCCUCCGCAGUCUCGACUUUAGUGACACCUCAGCGCAGCGUCACCUGGCCAAAUUGAUGCAAGAAGUGGUCAAGACAAAGGCCAAUACUGGCGACUUUGUCCCGCGGGUCGUGAUUGACAGUCUGUGCAAGACGUACCAAGAAAAACACAUUGAAGACAAGAGGCAGUUUCUGCUCAUUCUGGCGCAGGAGCUGCACAUUGACGCGACUGCAGCGCUACAGAAUGCAGUGCAGCUGGAGCAAACUAUGAGUUAUGUCAAGGAUGCAAGCACAGGGGCUGUGGACUGGGAGCACGAGAAUGUGGAGAGGUACUUGCGGACAUGUCGCAACCUCCGCAUUGCGCUGUCCCCGCUUUAUGAGACAUUCUUUCAGCAAGUUGUAUCACAAAGAGACAAUGGGAUGCUAUUCUUAGUGCGAAUGCGUGCGGAUCUGUUGCAAGUGCUUCGCAAAAUCGCUACUCGUCCCGAAAUUCUUGCUCUGCGCUCGCUUGACGCAAGCUUGAAACAAUUCCUAGCUUCAUGGUUCAACGUUGGCUUCCUAAAGCUAGAGCGUGUGACUUACGAGCAAUCCUCUGGGCAGCUACUGGAGAAGAUCAUUCGGUACGAGGCGGUUCACCCUGUAGGCACGAUUGCCGAGCUGAAGAGACGUCUAGGCAAUGGACGUCGUUGUUAUGCCUUUUUCCAUCCCAGUAUCCCGGACGAACCUUUGGUAUUCGUGCAUGUGGCAUUGAUGCUAGAGCAGGCAUCCAGUAUGCAGUCCAUUCGUCAAGAAACAGAGCAGCUGGUAGAAGGUUCACAAGCAAAAGCCGCAAUCUUCUACUCCAUUUCGUUAACGCAAAAAGGGCUUUCGGGCGUCGACCUCGGCAACUUUCUCAUCAAAGAAGUCGCCAAAGCGCUGAAGACGGAGUACGGUCAUCUCCAAACGUUUGCAACGCUGAGCCCUAUGCCACAGUUUAUGUCGUGGCUCGAGACGCAGCGGUAUAAUGCUGACGCGUCAUUAGUUUCCCCUCUACAUUUGAACACUCUCAUGGAAGAGCUGGACAACUGUGAAAUCACUUACAACUCAGCAACGUCCACCGCAGUGGCAGUCGUUUUAGAUGCGCUCUCGAUCGAAGAUUGGGACAAGCAUUCACAGCUGGGUGCAGCGCUGGAGCCUAUUCUGCUGAAGCUUGGUGCUCGCUACAUUUAUAUCGAGAAGAAACGGGGAAAGGCGCUAGAUCCUGUCGCAAACUUCCACAUUCGAAAUGGCGCAAUUUUUGACCGCAUCAACUGGCUGGCAGAUCCGUCCAGGAAGGGAAUUGCUCAAAGUGCUGGAAUGAUGAUCAACUACAAGUACGAUCUAGCACACGUGGAGGCAAACAACGAGAACUACCUGCUGCGCAACAUUAUCCCCAUCGGUCUUCAGCCACAGCAAGUGCUUGAAGCGUAA